GGGCGUCCGUCAGCGCACGCACCCACGCACGCAGUUCGCCGCCCCCGGCGCGCGUCCCGGCGAAUCCCCCGUGACAAUGGCCGCGGCCAUGGACCACGACUAUUACGACGGCUUUCGCACUUUCUCCUGGCUCGCGGACCUCGUCGGGUUACCGAUCGACCAGGUAAAUUUUGUCCUGACGCAAUUCACAGCCCUCAUAUUAGCCACACUAUUAAGAUCAUCUCUGAGCCCCAUCGCCACUACCCCAGCCGCAAGACAUGUUUAUGGCCUUACCAUUGGCCUCGCUCUUGGAUAUUUUUGCUUCGGCAGGCAGGCGAUCCAUCUCGCUAUUCUUCCCGCGUUAUGUUACGUGGCGAUGCGCACACAAAAUCCCCGCAAUAUGCAGAGGGUCGUCCUCGCAAUUGCGUUAAUCUAUUUAUCGUGCAUUCACUUUCACCGGCAGAUCUACGAUUAUGGCUCGUACACGCUCGACAUCACUGGUCCACUCAUGGUUAUAACGCAGAAAGUAACUAGUCUAGCGUUCAGCAUUCACGACGGGCUAACGCGACGCGAAGAGGAGCUGACACCGAUGCAACGUCAUCAGGCAGUACAGAAGAUGCCAACUACUUUGGAGUACUUUAGCUACAUAUUUCACUUUCAAGCUCUCAUGGCUGGCCCAGUGAUAUUCUACCGCGAUUACAUCGAUUUUAUACACGGACAUCACUUGCCUGGCGCCAAAUCUUUAGCCGGCUUUUAUGACAAAAAUAGCCAAGAGAAGGAGAUUGUUCUGGAGCCGUCACCGACUCUGGUCGUCGUGAGAAAAGUCGCAGCGAGUUUAGCAUGCGCCAUUAUAUUCAUCACCUUUAUCCCGGUCUUUCCAAUACAACGUGUAAAAAAGGACGAAUUCCUGAAGAACACAAGUAUGCUUUACAAAGUAUGGUACUUAAUGCUGACGACUAUGCUCGCGCGCUUUAAAUACUACCACGCGUGGCUGUUCGCCGAUGCCAUAUGUAACAAUUCUGGCCUUGGAUUCAACGGUUACGACGAACGUGGCGAAGCGCGCUGGGAUUUGGUCUCGAACGUCGACGUUUUUAAAUUCGAGACAUCGCUUAAUCUUAAGGACAGCAUCGACAGUUGGAACAAGGGCACGAAUUUGUGGUUGCGUUCGAUCAUGUAUGAACGAGCUGGUCGUAACAAAAUAAUGCACACGUACGCCUUGUCCGCUCUAUGGCACGGCUUUUAUCCCGGCUAUUACCUCACAUUCGCGAGCGGAGCGUUCUUCACUGUAGCGGCACGUUCAGUCCGCCGCUACAUCCGGCCGCUGUUCCUGGAAUCUCAAGGAAAGAAGACUUUUUACGAUGUCUUAACGUUCAUCACGACGAGAAUUUUAAUGGCCUACAUAACGUUCAGCUUUGUAUUAUUAGAAUUUGUACCAAGCAUCAAAGUGUACCUGUACUUGUACCUGCUCCCGCAUUUAUUGGGUUUGAUUUCGAUAUUACUUCUGCCCCGUCUGGGGCUGUCACGAAAGACGCACAAGCAGUCGGCCGCAAAGGUCGAGACUGAUCUCUCCGACGCAGUCAGCAACGGAAACGCGCACAAGACAAUGUAGUCUUCUGGUUGCGACGUUAGGAAAAACAGAUAUUUUUUAUGGAUGUUUUUAUUAUAUAUAUAUAUGUGUGUGUAUACAUUUAAUAUAUGUACAUAUAUAUAUAUGUAAAUGUAAUAUACAUAUUUCUUGUUACAAUGUAUUACAGAUGUGAAAGUCUAUCGAUAAUGUGCUAUAUGCACGUUACAUUUGUGUAAAACAUUAUCGAAACUGACGUAUCGUUUAUAUAUAUAUAUAUGUAUAUAUAUAUAUAUAUAAUAAUAUGGAUAAGAAAAAUUUUAUAAUUCGCCUAAAUAUAUGGCUGUUUUAUUUA